UUCUCAACCCAGUACAGUGUUUCUAAACCCAAGGACUUCAUUUCUCCUACAUCAAACCGCGCUGGAAUGUGUAUUUACUUGUUCAGAACCUAUGUCUUAUGUAACAAUAUCAGCAUAGGCGUGUUAUUUUGCUUUUGACAUCGACUUGAUCGAACGAAGAAAAUGGCGGGAAAGAUGAGAAGCAGUUUUAUUAGAUUUAGCAAAUGGGUCUCAUCUUGUACAUUCAAACUUGAAAGUGAAUUUGCUUUGGUGGCAAGUUCUUACCUUGCAGGGACUUUCCCUCACAUCAAACAGUAUUUUUUUGAAACUCUUCUCUUCGUUGACUGAGCAGAUGUCACAUGACCAUGUUUUGUCACAUGACCAUGUUUUGACACACCACCAUGAAUACAACGUAAACACGGCACGACACAUGAUCGUACGCGUGGAAAAGUUGAGCAAGGUUCUAUGCUGCGGAAGUUUUCUUCCUGACGCGCGUUUGUGGAUAAUUAUAAACUGCACAAUGCAGCGACGAGAAAGUCUUUACGGGUCAUGGCCAAUUGUUUCUUGUCCUAGAGAUUAUGAAUUUCUGCCAGGGAAAUGCAAGUUGAUGAUUCUCAAGGGCUGUCGACAUCAUAUUGCAGGACUCAGAUGCCGUUUACCUGAGGAGUCACUUUGUUCACUGCCAACCCACUCUUCACUGUAUUUUCCUGGUCAGUUUGUCCUCAGCCAGUUUGUGGUUGCACUAGGUAGUGACAAGCAAGAGUUGUUUGAGUGCUACAUGGAGGCCAGUAGAAAUGGGAAUUUCAAAAUCAAUGGUGGACGUUACGUCAUGGAAGUGGAAGUGAAGCCACCUGGUUGCAUGCAUUUAGCAGAAACCACUGCUGUCGACUGUGCUGGGAAUGCUCUACCCUCCUAUGCCGGAAAGUUUACUUUUCUCCUUCCAGCUAACAUGUCCAGGAUCUUCCACAUCAAUAUCAAGUUGAAAUCAGUAGCUGGAAAUGAACUUCUUGAUGAGGUUCAAACUGUUAUCGUCACUCAUUAUGCACCAAAUUAUUUGUUUGAUUAUUGGGAUGGUCACUCUCUGCCGGCAGUGGACUUACCAUUUGCUAAAAGACAGCUUGUGGGUAUCCUUGGAACUCCUGAAGGUCAAAAGACUAUUCGGUAUUUUCAGGAUCUAGUGGAAAAUGGUGCUUACCAAUGUUUCAAACGAGAUCAGCUCCGUCUUAUUCAACAUUCUCAUACACCUGGCACCUCAGAAGCAUUAUACAAGGAUUUGCUUCUUACAGUUCAGCUAGAGGAAAGUCUGUUGCUGUAUCAAAUGGGAGAUCUUGAACAAUGCAAGCAAGUAGGUGAGGAUGUCUGUACCAAGGCAAAUGAUGCCAACUCUCCCAAUUACAAUGCCAUUGCUGGGAAAGCAAAGAGUAUUAUCUCUGGUGCUUACAAAAUGGAGAAGGACUUCAUUAAGGCUGAAGAAUUCUUGAAUUCUUCUACUGAGCUCUUAGAGGCAGUUGUCCCGGGUGAAGAGACUUCAGUCAACCGCACUUGUCUUGCUGCUCUGUAUUCAGAAAAGGCUAGAGUGAAGGGAAUCACUAAACAAGAAAAAAAGAUCCUAAAGAAAGCCGUGAAGGAUGCCAUGCUGCACUUCAGGCACCAACUUGACAAGAAUCUAAACAGAAAUGCUAGGAGUCCACGGCGGACCCUUAUCAGAGCAAUCUUCUUUUACCUUCAUUCGUCCAGAGACAAAGCCACUAACCUGCACAUUCCUGUGUCAGCGGAUGAUUUAGCAAAGGUGGACGUGUUAGUUCAACAGUUCAGGAGAGGGUUUCUUGCUGACUGCCCCAUGAGAGACAAAGCAUUAUUUUACACUGCGCUGGGUGACUUGUUCACAAGGAAAGGACAGUUUGAAGAAGGUAUCAGCUGGGUGUCUGAGGCGUCCAGUAUAGCUGCAGAUCUUCAACUGCAGGCAGAUAUCAAGGGAACACGAGACCGACUGCUGCAGCUCGAUCGUCUGCGCCUCGACCGAGAGGAGAUUGGACCGAGGAGGCCCCGUGAAAUGGCCGAGGAGACAAUGGUCCUGCGCUUCCAAGAACCGCAGCUUGAAGUCCUGCAAGGACACCUUGAAGAGCUCACACGUGUGUUAAGAUGUCAGGCACAGUAAACAACAUCACGGCAGACUCUUAGAGGCUGUAACAAUUGGAGGUUGUGCAAUGCUAUUCGAGAGUGAAUUA